CCUGUCCUAGUGGGUGGCGAACAGCGUGCAGUGGUGGUGAUGACAACAACAUCGGUCAGUGGGUCAACCCGUUAAUAUAGAUAAUAACAGACAAUUAUCGGCUGCAAUUCAUUAAUACCGGCAUAUUCAUCACCAGGCAUUCAGGGUUUAAGGUUCCAAAAGAUAACUAACGGUAACCCAUGUUAGCUAGCGCUAGCAUGCUAGCCGCGGGAGGAAAAUGAGAGUAACGUUAAUGUUAUUUAGCUUAAUAACGUUACAGCACAGACCGUGUUGGGCAGAGAAAGAGCAAAUGCAUGUGUAGGCAUAUAUAACCUAAUGAACCAUGAUCACCACAGAGGCUGCAAGAGAGUUCCAUGCCAAAGAAUGCAAAUACAAAGAGCAGCUGAAGAGACGUUUAUCGUCAGCCUUAUCUGCAGACCUUAACAGGUUGCUGCAGGAGGAGCUGGAGGCGGAUGUGUCUCUUUAUGCUGGGUCAGGCUCGCUUCAAGCACACAGAGCCGUACUGUUGGCCAGAGCUCCUCAUGUCCUGCAGGGAGAGACACACAAAGAUCCUACCAUCGUUCAUCUGUCUGACUAUGAGCUGUCCGGGUUGAAAGAUUUCCUCAGGCGACUGUACACAGCAGACCAGAGCAUGCGCUCGUCGGAAAUAAUCCCAGACGUGGAGGGCUCAGUGCCAGAAAGUACGCUGCUUGUUCCCAAUCCGGCAGACCAUAGUUCCACUGACUCAGACGUUGUUCUUGAGUCAGCCUCGGGCCUUGGAGCUGACUUGCUGGAUCUGUACCAGAGGGGAGAGCAGUGUGAUAUCACCAUCCAAGUAGCGGAGCAGGUCUUCUCCUGCCACAGGGCAAUCCUGUGUGCGCGGUCUCAGUACUUCCGAGCGAUGCUAAGCGGGAGUUGGAUGGAGAGCUCCAGACAAUGCAUCACUCUGCAAGGUUUAGGGCCAGAUGAGAUGGAGAUCCUGCUCCAGUUCAUGUAUGGGGCAAUUGUGGAUCUGCCACCUGGAGCCAGUGCCAGUCAGGUGGUGUUGGCAGCCGACAUGUUGGGUUUAGAGGGGUUGAAGGAUGUGGUGGAGAUGGUUCUCACCCGAGACUACUGCCGCUUCUUCCCCAAGCCAGUUGACGGUGUUCAGAGAACAGUUCUCGAGUGUCUGUCCCUCACACAUGCCUUAGGCCUCCAAAAUCUCCACAUGCUGUGUAAGAGGUGGGUUGCUGAUCAUUUUGUGAAGACCUGGUGCGAGAGAAACUUUUCCCUGUUGUCCCCUGAGCUUCAUGUAGCCUGUCUAACAGCUGUAACUGAAACCAUGACUGUGCAGAACGCAGUAACCAUGCUCUGUGGCACUGAGCAAUUGAUUGGCAGUCUCCCAGAAGUCAAGUGGGCCAAACAGGUAAGGAGUCUUGCCACAGAGCUUCAGGAGGAGAGCCUGCAUAUCAUUGUCCAGCAUCUCCCCAGAGUCAUCCGCACUCAGGCCUUCCAGGACCUUUGCAGGAGGGAAGAGUUUACCCGUGAGCCAACGUUGUUGAAAAAGCUGUGUUCGGCCAUCAGAGAAGGUGUGACCGUGGACAACUGCUGUGAUCUUUUCGCUGCUGUGUACAAUCUAUGUGGAGAUGACAUGGAAGAGGACUCUCUCCUGGAGCAGGGAGAGCAAAGACAAGAGAAGCCAUUCAGGCAAGAGAUUUGUAAGCUGCGCGGUCGGCUCUGGACCUUCCUGCUUCAGACCUUUUACGCGGUCCGCCACACACAGGGAUGGGAGACCCUGUCCUCCAAACACAAAGAGAGGAUACUAGCAGAUGCUAUUGAUAAAGGGGACAAUCGAAGACUUGGUAAAAAGCCUGUAUUCACUAGCUCACAGUCAAGGGCUGUAAAAUGCCCUUCAUCUGCACCUGAGAGUCCGCCAGUGCACAGGACCCAGAAGGUGUCCGAAAUUGCAAUUUCUUCCUCCCGUAGUGCUGCAUCAGCCAUGAAGUCUGAUGGACUGGGGACAGCUAACAAACCAGGAGAUGGUCACACAUCCAAGGCAAAGAAUGUGAAGAAGCCUGGAGACCGGAGUGUAGCAGCGAAAGCAAAGACAGCAUCAGCUGGCUCACCAGUUGUCAAUGGCACAGGAGCUGCAGGAGCCAGGCGGGAUGGAGCCAGUGCCAAUGGCCCCAGAAGUGCUCAUGGGGCUAGAGAGCAAGAAAAGAAGCCAAACCCAGGUGCUCGGCCUAAAACAUCUCCCCCGAGCUGCACAUCAACAAGCCAGACGGGGGUAAUGAAGGCUCAAAAGAGCUCAACAGGAAAGGCUGACAUUGGCAUUGUUGGCACCACCCAAGCUCAGCCCAGCGCUUCAUCCACAUCAGGCAGCGCCUCGCCAGAGAACGGUGCCAGCAGCCCUCGCAACGACACCCACUCCAUCCCAGGUGCAAAGCCCAAACACCAGGCUAAGGCGGUAAACAAAUCCCCUCUGACAAAACCUCCUCAGAAAUCAGAUACAGCGAAGAUCAGCAGUCCUACCAAUAAGUCAAGUGUGAGAGAAAGUGGCAAAGUUAAGACUGGUGCAGCAGAGAAAGCAUCUACUGGAGUGACAGCAGCAAGAGCAGACACCAAGGGAAGAGGCACACCAGACCACCAUGUCUCUAAGCAUGGAUCCUCUAUGAAAAAGCCAGCAUCCCCUAGGAAAGAAGACGGCAAGGACGGUUUGAAAUCAUCAGCACCAGACAAAGCAGCCAGUGAAGCUCAUAAAAAGAAGAUCACAAAACCCGUUUCAGCGACUGGAGCCUCAGCUAAAUCCAGUGCUAAACCGCCAAAAGCCUCUUCGGCCCCCUCCAAGCAAUCUUCAGUAGUAGCUGCCAAGUCUGGACCAAAGCCAAAAAGUACUACUGAAUUAUCAAUGGAGAAAGCUUCUCCAAAAACCGUAGGAUCUUCCAAAACCUCAGCUGCGUCUGCCUCCAAGAAAUCAGGAACUAAAGGAAAAGAGACCGUGAAUGGUAAAAAUUCAAACUGUAAAAUUGAGCUUGCUCCAAUUGAGAGCACUUGUGACAUUGCAGUGCAUGAAGAUAGUACAGAAGUAGCGCUUUCUGACCGGCCUGCAGUGCGCGAAACACAGUUAACAAGCCAGGGCGGAGGGGAUUCACUUAGCCUUCAACUAGAAUCAAGCCCUACGAGUCAAAAGCCUGAAAUACACUCAGGAAACACUGAUAGUGCACCAGCAGCUAACAAAAUCCCCCAUGUCAAAUCUGCUAAUGCAGACACUUGCAAACAGACUGAAGGGAGUAAAGUGAAACAGUCUCCAAGCGGUGUCAUCCCCGCUCACAUCAGCGGAGGGCAAGUUAAUGAGGUCCGUUCCCCAAAUUCUCCGAGAGACACUGAACGCCCUAUAGACACCCCCUGCAGCAUAGGAAGCACUGACACUCCCUUAGAGGACUCCUGGAGCGGCAUCCACCAUCAGGUGAGCCCACAGUCUGAGACUGGCAGCACACACACCACUUCCUCUGACGACAUCAAGCCCCGCUCAGAGGACUACGACGCAGGAGGCUCACAGGAUGACGACUGCUCCAACGACAGGGGUGUUUCCAAGUGUGGCACCAUGCGCUGUCAUGACUUCUUGGGUCGCAGUAGUAGUGACACAAGCACCCCAGAGGAGUUAAAGAUGUACGAAGGUGGGGCGGGGUUGAGAGUGGAGGUUCGGCUGCGUGGACGAGAAGCAGAGACUACCAGCGAGGAGGAGGGAGUAAGACUGCGUCCUCGUUCCUGGUUGCAUAGAGACGAGGUUCCUGUUGAGGAGGAGCACUCUGAGGUCGAGGCCACGGUGACUGUAAAAAGCGUCCCCGACCACCAGCUCUUCUCCUCCUCUGAGGAGGAGGAAGAUGAAGAUGAAGAGGCGACGGAAGAUGAGAGGUCUGAAGUUGAGGUGAUUCCAGGUCAGGCUCCGCCGCCGCCAACUGAACCCUCACCCCACUUUCAGGGGAUCGUCAACCUAGCUUUCGAUGAUGACGGUGUAGACCAGGAGAAUGACCAGGCCGACUACCAGUCGUCUUCUAACUUCCGUCGCUCAGUGUUACUCUCUGUUGACGAGUGUGAGGAGUUGGGCUCAGAAGAAGGCGGCGUCCAAACUCCACCUCAACAGCCCAAUGAUGCUGUCACUUCCUGUGAUGUUUUUGAGUCUGACUCUACAGCUCCUCGGCGCAACUGUGCCCCUUCCGGUGACAAACAGGACCACCUGAUGUGCCAUCUCGAAAGCGCAGGCCUGAAGGGCAAAAAACAUGACGAGGAACAGGAAGAAAAAUCCUCUGUAUUUCUUACAGAGAUCCAGGAGCCCGUGCAGGAUGAGAGUAAUCAUAUCCAGGUGGAUGGGGUGAAGUCCAGUGGCCCUCUCCUGGAUGCUGACACUAAAGUCCUCCCACCCCAGGAGCGCCCAUGCCACCUAGAUCUGCGGCACACUGAACAAUACAAUGGAGGGCUGCGCAAAAAUCACACCAAUCCCUCAGAAAGCAAGAAAGCUGAUUUACAUCUAGACUUAAAUGAGCCUCAGCUGACAGGGGACUCUCCUGUACAUGCUGCAGAAUCUCCAGCAGAAAAAGAAAUCCUGCUGCACCAUUACUGGGGGUCUAUCCCGAUGCAAACAUGUACAUUAUUUUGUUUUCAAUAUCAAACAGUGAACAGGGACAAUGGUUGUGACAGAUUGGAUCAAACCUGCAAACAUGACCGCCGACCAUCUAAAGCCCUCUCUCCCAUUUACGAGAUGGAUGUUGGAGAAGCCUUUGAGCACUGCUCGGACAAGGACAGGAAUGUUAAACUGAAGGCGGAGGAAGAAAAUCAAAGAGGGGACGAUGACAAAAGCAAUGAGUUUGCAGAGCGGGAUUGGAGCUUGCUUAGGCAGCUCCUCUCAGACCACGAGUCCAAUCUGGGCGUCAUAAACCCUGUGCCUGAGGAGCUCAACCUGGCCCAGUACCUUAUCAAGCAAACACUGUCCCUGUCACGUGACUGCCUGGACUCGCAGGCCUUCCUGUCCCCAGAGAAGGAGACCUUUAAACGCUGGGCGGAGCUCAUCUCGCCCAUUGAGGACUCCUCCACCAGCAUCACGGUCACAAGCUUCUCCCCAGAAGACGCUGCAUCUCCACAGGGGGAGUGGACCAUCGUGGAACUGGAAACACAUCACUGACUGCACAGAUUGACACCUUCUCUGUGAACUUUAAACGUCUUUACAUCAACUUUGUCUUAAUUUAUUAUAAGUUAUAAUCAUAUUAUGUCUCUCUUUUUGACAUGUCUUUUACUGGACUCUGCAGAACAGUUUAUUUGCAUUCCCCAUUAUGCCCUCAGUGGACUGUUUCUUGACACAAAUGAGCUGUUAUGCAUGCUGAUAUUUUUGUAUGUCUGACUGUUUAAUUGAUGUUGCUUUGAAGCUCUAGAAAGGAAUAUAGAGUAAGAAAAAAACAUUUCUUUCUCAUGGCAGUCUUGUAAUAAUAUGGUUGACUGGAGUUUCUUAAAGAAAAAUAAUAGUGGCCUACAUGGCUUGCAUUUAGUGUCAUAUUGAAAAUAAAGGUUUGUGUUUCUU